AUGGCGCACCUCCUGGGCCACCGCGGCUGCAUGGAGAGUCUGCGGGCCGACCUGCGGGACCUGCAGGCCGCCAUCGCCGACGUGUGCUCUCGGGCCGGCGCCGUGCGCUUCCCAUCCUGGAAGUUCCCCGACAAGGUGUCCUGCGACCUGGACAUAUCCGUGCUGCUGCAGCGCUACAGGCACAGCGACAGCGACCCCGAGUUCAGCCAGCACGCACACGUGGUGCUGCUGGAGCUGGUCAUAGACAGGCUGCUGCUGCUGCUGCAGAGCUUCACGGGGUACGCAGAGACGCUGCUGAGCGGGCGGGCAGUGCCACCCACGCGGGGCCUGGGGCCCUGCAUGUCUGCGGGGCUCACGGCCAGGACCUUCUGGAGCACCAUGCUGAAACUCGGGGCCUUCUGCCAGCAGCUCCGGGACGAGUGCUUUCUCCCUCUGGAGAAGUAUUGCAGGUGGGAGAUUCCCGCACAGCAAUCCACUCGAUUCUCUACUCCCCAGGCUGGAAAAUACCAGAAGGAGCACCUGAAAAGCUUCUUGCCCGAUGUUUUGGAGUCAGGAACUGCCCCAGAAGGUGCCCAGUCCACCUCUGUGUGCCUGUGUCCGAGUGUCCAUGUGCUGGGCAGCUCAGGCAGCUUCCAGCCCAGGGCUGGCUCCAGCCGGGCUCAGAGCACCCGCAGUGUCCCCACACAGACCCCGGGGUCACCCCUGGCCUCCUGUGACACCUGCUCCAGUGCCCAGGCCAGCCUCCACGAGGUGGGCAGAGCCAUCAUCAGCAUCUGCCAGAGCCAGAACAUCCCUUCAGCUCUCAGCAAAUUCCAGGAGGCGCUGGAGGACAGCGCAGGGAGAAGGAACCUCUCUGCAACAGACAUGAGCUACUGGGCUGCAGAGCAGAGCAAGGACCUCUCCCGGAUCAACAAACACCUCCAGGGGCUGCUGCAGCAGGUGAACCCCGUGAAGGCUGAGCUGGAAAAGAUGGGCAAACAGAAGGAGAAGCUUCAGAAACAGGUUGAGGACUUUUCCAGGAAGCUGCAGGCAGAGAAGGACACCCAAGCAGAGCAGCAGAGGAACGCUGAGCAGAGCCUGAAAGCCAAGGAAAAGGAGCAUUCCGAGGCUGUGGCCAGGCUGGAGCGGGACAAGGACGAUCUCCGGAGAGGAGCUGCUCUGCUGGAGGAGCAACUCUUGGCCCUGAAGGAGGAGCUGGAAGCAAAGCAGGUGUCUGUGCAGGAGUUGGCACCCCCAUCCCUCUCAUCACCUCCACGGUGCUCCAGCUUCUCACCCGUGCCCAGCCUGGGCCAUGGUGGCUGUGUCUUCCCAGAGCUCUCCAAGACCAUCUUGAUGGAGGAGAUGAGGACCACAAUGGUGGCCCGGAAAGAAAUGCUGGAGUUGGAGGAGAAGGUGCAGGCACUCACAGAUCAGAGGGACAGCCUGGAGCAGAAGCUGAGUGCCACCAGUGUGCAGCUGGAGAAGGAGAAGGUCCGUGUGGAGAGCAUGUUCCGGCACCAGGAGUCCCUGCAGGCUAAGCAGAGGACCCUGCUGCAGCAGCUGGACAGCCUGGACCAGGAGCGUGAGGAGCUGCAGGCCAGCCUGGGAGAGGCUGAGGAGAACAAGGCCCGGCUGGCAGAGCAGCUGGAGCAGAGCCGGGAGCAGAGUGGGAAACAGCUCCAGGCACAGCAGGAGCUGCUGGACACGCUGCAGCAGGAGAAGCUGGCACUGGAGCAAUCCAUCCUGGAGCUGCAGGCAAACAUAUCCCGGCUGGAGGAACAGGCACAGGAGCUGAGAGAGCGGGAAAGGCUCCUGGUGUUCUUCCCUGAUCUCCACGUCCCCACUGAGAUGCACUUUGAGAGCAGUGGGAACUUGACAGAGGACAUGGAGAGUCAGCUCCAGGCCAACAACAUCCGGAUCGAGGUGCUGGAGCGGGAGAAUGCACAGCUCGAGGCUCUGCUCGCCAAGGUGAAGGCAGCAGCUGAGCAGGGCGUGCUCAAGGUGAGCUGGGUGCCACAGGGGUGGGUGCUGUGUACCCCAAAACCACUCCGUGGCCCCCAGACAUCCUCUAGGGACGCCGGGAGGGCCAAGCCCAGGCUCCUCAUGCUGCUGGGAGGUCGCUCUAGUUUAACUGGUGUUGCCUGAAGUGCCCGAGGCUGGUU